AUGCCGAUGCCCCCGGAUUUUUACGACUGGGUAUCGUACGGCUCACAGCUACAAAUCCCUAUUGAUCGACCAUCCACAGACUUGGCAGUUCUCAUCGCUCGCUUUGUCGAAAUCUCGUCGAUGAUUCACAGCCAUGUCAUUAGUGACGGAAAACCAAAAACAGUCAACGUACUUCAGCAGCUACUGGAUCUCGACUCCGACCUGGCAUCAUGGGAGAAUGCCCUGGAAGGAGCCUGGCUAUACGAAACUAUCCACGCCACUCACCUGCCCCCCAAAGCGGUUUUUAAGGGUGAAUACCAUAAGUAUCACGACGUCUGGACCGCCCGCAUCUGGAACUACUACCGCUGGGCGCGAGUUCUGGUGAACCAGAACGUGCUGGACUUGGCGAACAAGAACCCAAUCUCCAGUCUUUCACUUGUAUCGGCUGCCGCACGUGACAACUUCCUCGCGAAUAUUCGAAGACUGGCAAGAGACACGCUUGUAAGUGCGCCGACCCAUUGGCGACACCCGUCCCUCGACGGGCAGGCGCAGAUAAAAGUUGAAAGUCCCGGCGGAGGUGGAUCCGGAUCAGCAGGACUGCCGGCAUUGCUGUUUCAUUUAAAGGUGGCUGGCUGCGCUCCUGGAGUUCCCAGGGAAUAUUGGGAGUGGGCUUUGGGCGUCAUACAGACAAUCUGGGGUGACAUGGGUAUGCUACAUGCGCGAUCCAUGAUGGAGGCCAUGCGGGCGCACGAAGACACGGUGCUCAGAUCUAGCGCGGCAGGAAUACUGGCGGAUGACUGGUAA